AUGGACGUUGUCCCGCACAAAAAUGCUUCUUGGGGUCGCGCCCAUGACCGCAACAGCUUCAAGCACCAGAUGUUAUCUGUCUUGUUCCUUUUAUUCUGCCCUCUUUGCGUAAUUAUCGCAAACGUCAUUCUCUGCGAGUUUGAAGGAUCCAUCCUGUUGUUUCUCCAGGCGACCGCAGACGGCAGCAUAUACCGAUCCCUCACGGCUUACGACUUUCAAUUCGACCAGAGCGCCCUCACCACAUACACUACUUGGGUUCUCUUCCAGGCUGCCCUUUUCCAGUACCUGCCGGGUAAAGAUAGCUUGGGACAGCAGACUCCCGGAGGAAACAUUCUCCCAUACCGCACCAAUGGCCUCCAAGCUUGGUUCGUCACGCAUAUCGUCUUUGGCGUCCUCUGUUGGGUCGGCCUCGUCGACGCUGCUAUCGUCCCCAAGCUCUGGACUGGGUUGAUGUACGUCGCCAACAUGGCUGGCGUUUUGCUGUCUGUCUUUGUUUUUUUCAAGGCCUACAUUUCGCCGUCCUAUGACCGUGAUCGGAAGUUCAGUGGAUCAAUGGUCUACGAUUUCCAAAUGGGUAUUGAGCACAACCCGAGGAUCGGAGACACCUUUGACCUGAAGCUUUUCACCAUCGGUAGAGUUGGCAUGAUGUCUUGGACCAUAAUUGACAUUUCCAACGCCGCCUACCAGUACCAAAAAUACGGCAGCGUAUCGCUUUCAAUCAUUGGCGUGUCCCUGCUCCACGCCGUCUACGUCGUAGACUUUUUCUACUACGAGGAUUGGUAUCUGCGCACCAUCGACAUUGCCCACGACCACUUUGGCUUCUACCUGGCCUGGGGUGCCACCGCCUGGAUGCCGGCACUGUACACCCUGCAAGCUCAGUACCUAGGCCAGCACCCGACCUCGCCCUCGACCGCUUACGUCGCCGUCACCUUUGCCGCCGGACUUAUCGGCUACUUCAUCUUCCGAACCAGCAACAACCACAAGGAUCGCGUCCGCAGCACCGACGGCAGGUGCACCAUCUGGGGUGCCGCUCCCAAGUUCAUCCGGGCCAAGUACACCACUUCGGACGGGAAGCUGCACGAGAGCAUCCUGCUCUGCAGCGGAUGGUGGGGAUGGUCGCGCCACGCUAACUACGUCGGCGAUCUGAUUCUCAGCUUUGCCAUGUGCGCGCUCGUCGGCACGACCAGCGGCAUUGUUUGGUUCUACGGCGUGUACAUGGCGAUUCUGUUGAUUCACAGGUCGUACCGCUGCGACCAGCGUUGCCGUGCCAAGUAUGGUAAGCAGUGGGAUGAGUAUAUCCGUACUGUUCCGUGGAGGUUCGUUCCUGGCGUCUGGUGA